AUGGGUGUUAACGCUAUGUGGGAAGUUUGGAGAAAGACGCUGGAAUCCAAAGAUUUCAAGUUGAGUAGGUUAAAAAUUAAAUACUUGGAGUACAAGUUCAGUGAGGAGAGACAUGAAGAGGAAGUAGAAGUUAAGAUUGAUACUCAAGUCAUUCCCAUAAGAGAUAGUUUCAAGUAUCUUGGGUCUAUAAUCCAAAGCAACGGAAAAAUUGACGAGGAUGUUACUCACCGCAUUGGAGCGGGUUGGAUUAGAUGGAGGCCAGCUUCGAGGGUUUUAUGUGAUAAGAAUGCACCGCCUAGACUUAAGGGCAAAUUUUACAGGGUGGUGGUUAGACCAGCUAUGUUGUAUGGAGCUGAGUGUUGGCCCAUCAAGAAGUCUCAUGUCCAAAAGAUGAGCGUAGCAGAAAUGAGGACGUUGAGAUGGAUGUGUGGUCAUACCAGGAAAGACAAGAUCAUGAAUGAAGUUAUUAAGGACAAGGUGGGAGUGGCACCCGUGGAAGCCAAGUUACGGGAAUCGAGGCUGCGAUAG